AUGUCGUACACGAUUCAGGUGCGUGGUCUUCCGGAGGACACGAGAGAGGACGCUGUUCGUGACUUCUUUAGCCGUGUAGGCGAUGUGACUCAUUGCACAUUGGAGAGGAACGCCGCAACGCUAUCGUUUGAGAACGAGGAAGACUUCAAUGAGGCACUUAAUAUGGAUGGCAUGGAGUUUGAAAACGGUGCAUUCAUUCAGGUGGAGAAGAAGAGGCACGAGAAUGAUUCUUAUCACGGACGCUCAGACAACAACAUGGAUGAUAACCAGAAAAACGGUGCGACAGAUGGAGAGAGAGGGGGUGACGGUAGGGACGCGUCGCCGCGCGAUAACCGCAAGCGUUUCCGUGAGGAAUUUAAGGUUGCCGUUCGAAACAUCGCAGAGAAUACAACAGAGCAGCAGCUUCGUGAGUUGUUUGAACCGCUUGGAACCAUCGCCGAUCUCUUUUUAGAGCCACGGCGCCGCUACGCCUUUGUCGGCUUUGACAACACCGACUCUCUUGAGGCCGCCCUGCAGAUGACCGGUCGGGAACUGAAUGGCGUUGCCAUUGAGGUGGAGAAGAAACGCACUGGUCCGCGUGAGAAUGUGCUGCCGACGAAAGUAGUGGUGAAGGGAAUGCCGCCAAACACAAACGAGGACGACCUCCGCGCCUUCUUUCUCUCCGCUGGAGAACCCGUCGAUAUAUUUAUCCACGAGAAGAAGCACUUCGCGUUUGUUGGGUUUCCCAACGAGGAGACAUGUGUUGCAGCGCUCCGGCUGCAUGGCACGGAACUGAACGGCUCCCGCGUCGAUGUGGAGCGGCGCCAGCGUCAACGCUGCUUCAAAUGCGACAGGGAAGGACAUGUGGCGCUGCAGUGCCGUGCGGUCGAGCCGUAUUGCCGCAACUGCGGCCGCAAUGGCCAUCUUUCCCGUGAUUGCCGCUCCGGCCCACGCGACAACCGCCGCAACCAAAACGACCGACGUGAAUUUGUCCGGCGCGACUACAACGACAGACGCGACUACGGCGACCGGCGCGACUACAACGACCGGCGCGACUACGGCGAUCGGCGGGAGUUUGUUGACCGGCGGGAUUUUAACGACCGGCGGGAUGUUGACAGGCGCGAGGAUCGUCGCCGUGCUCGAUCCCGCUCAGACUCGUACGAACGGCAUCGGCGCCGUCACAGCCACAGCAGGAGCCGUAGCCCGAAGAGAUUUGCUCGCGAGCGCGACCGCGACCGCGACCGCAGCCGCAGCCGCAGCCCACCGCGCCGUCGCUACUAA